UGUCCCGUUAUGAAACAGACACAUUCCUGUAGGAAUGGAAGGUGACAAAGAAAAUAAUUGAAGAGAUUGCUGAGUCCCCAGACCCACCUCCCAGACCCAAGCCAGUCAAAAUGAAAGUGAACAGGAUGUUACAGCCCAUGCCCAAGCCAGAAAACAGAACAGUAGUUCUGGUGAACAGCCCUCGACCCACAACCCCUCUACAGAGACCGAUAACUCCUGUGCUUUCGGAACCACUGACACCUGCUAUAGUUCCUGUACCACACACAGGCCCAGUAUUGCCAGGGCCUUUACAGCCCACCACGCUCCCUGCCUCAGUGUCUCUCCCUGUGUCUAUCCCGAUGCCUCCUUCACCUGUGACCAUGUCAGUACCAGUGCCGCCUCCUACCAAACCACAGACCCCAACUGUAGUGCCUACUUUGAGCCAGAACAACCCAGCUGCUACUCUGCUGCAGAGCCAGGCCUCUGUUCCUCAGGUGCUGCCCUUGGCAAUGACUGCAGCUCAGCUGGUCCCAAAUACUCCCCGGCUUCUCCUCUCACCACCUCCUGUUUCUCCUACCACAACCACCGCCUCCUCCCUUAAGGCUGCACCAGCCCCGGUCCCAAUGGGGCAACAGCCCCCAGUUAGCUUGAGUGCCACCCCAGUGCGACAGCAACCACCCAUUAAUACAUUGAGUAUUGCUUCUGUCCAACAGCAGCCCCCCAUCAGCACCCUGGGCAUUAGUUCUAUGGCUCAGCAACCACCCACCAACUCCCAAUCCAUUAAUACACUUAGCAUAUCCCCCAUUAACACUCUGGGGGUGUCCCCUGUAGUGGGGCAGCAGCCUCCACCGACCAACACUUUGGGCCCAGGACCUGCAGGGACUACUGCUCAACAAUCCACCAGCUCCAUUGGGGGCAUGGUGAAGCCCAUGAACAUUCAUUCUGCUAUACAUACCUUGCCUGGAUACAACUUUGCAGCAGCAGCUGGAGGUGUGCAGCAAAGGCUUUUGCUGUCCCCGGAUAUGCAGGCACGAUUGCCUUCAGGUGAAGUGGUCAGCAUUGGGCAACUUGCCUCGUUGGCUAAUCGGCCACUCCAAGGUGCCCCAGGCAGUAAACCCCUCACAUUCCAGAUCCAAGGCAACAAGCUUACCUUGAUGGGUACCCAAGUUCGCCAGGUCACUAUGCCUCAGCCAGCCCAACAGCUGCCAAGUAGGUAAACCCCAGUCCUUAGCAGCCCCAAUGACUCCCUUGUCCUCUGUCUUGAAUAAGUUAGAUUUGUUUAUGG